AGUUGCAACGUAUAUUUUUCCUGUUUUUUUUUUUUUGUGAAUUGAAUCAGUUGUAGGACCUCUGCUUCCUAAAUAUAAUGCAAUAAAUUAUUAACUGCAAAGAAGUGUGUGCUGUAAACUAAUAUGAAGGAGAACAACAAAAUUCUGCAGCUAAUUAACGUGGCGUGGCGAGAAAGAUGGUCAGACUCACAGUGGGGCAUCAACAUCAAAAAGGUGUUGCCUCGUGGCGUUAGUGGUGAUGUCUAUAAUCUGGCGGAUUGUCUGCUUCAGCAGGCGGUCAUUGGCUCCACAGCAAAUCCGCUAGUGUUGAACUAUCUGAAGCACUCGCUGUGUGCUCAUCUGGUUUCGCAUGCUGCUGUGCUGCGUUGCAUAGCUAAGUAUGAUAAGCUAGCUCGCGUCUAUUGUGUCACUGCUCUGUUGGAGUUUCUGCUCAGCAUCAUAGAUGGCAUCACUUGCCGAAUUAAAUCGGAGGAGACGCUACUGCCUAGUGCCAUGGUGCAGCUGGUUCACUGGUUAAUGCAGAUCUUUGCGCGCAGCGUUCAGCAGUACGAAAUGCGUGGCGACAUGAGCGCGGAGCAAUCGUUUAUGCUGGAACAGAGCUGCAAGCUGCUCGAUCAUUUGACACAGCAACAGUUUUUGAUGGCCAUGCUUUAUGUAGGCUGUCACGAGGAGGUGGAUGCGCUGGAAAGGUUUCGCGAGUUGUAUGCCAGCAUAAAGGCCUCGCUGACCAGUUCCAACUUAACGCUCAGCUCACUGGCAGCCGAGCAGCAGCUGAAGCAAUUGGCCUACAUUGAUGUCAAAAACUUGGAAUUGCAGUCACUAAAUCCGCUGCCAUCAGCUGAGAAGAUUUCAUGCUGUGUUCAGCCACUGUUGGCUGUGGAGGUGCUGCUGAAUCCCUGCAAGGACACCUCUUACUAUGUCGCCGAACUGCAGAUGCUGCAACGCCUAAAAGGCUAUUCAAACACUCGGUUGUUCUAUGAGAUUAUACGAGCUGGCUUUCUCACGCUAAGCAAUGUAGCUGAUACCAGUCCAGACACCAUGUGGGGAGCCUUUAUGUUCUUCAAAAUGCCACACAUCAUCAAACAGCUCCAUGCCCUACAGCGCGUGCCAGGCGAGCAACCGCAACCACCAACUGAUUACAUACCCGAGUUGGUUGAGGCGCUAGAGCUGCUCAUUGAGGAUAAUCUAUUGCUGGACUUCAUGGACCAUAAGUGCUCGUGCAAUAUCAUUGAAUUUUUGCUGAACGAUUGGACCAAACAGCAACUGGUCAAUGAUGUGCACGUGAAGAAAUUCGCCAGCCAGCGUGAGGCUGCCUCGCUGCUGCUCAAGAAGUGCGAUAAUGGCCAACAGACGCCAUCAAAUAUAAAUUUCAUCAAGCGAGCCGAGGUGCCGCUCUCUGGAGUGUUGAAGACGCUCUGCACCAACAAGGUGCAGGAUAUGGUCAAUGUGCUGUGCCAGGUUCCAGUGGGCAACAGCUUUGAGCUAAUUCUCUCAGUGGCCACCGUCGAGGGUCGCCUCAAGACAUUCGUCUCGCGUUUAAUACAGUGCAAUGAAAACUCUAAGCCUAUACCUGGUGAACUGGGCAAGCUGUCCGUUAUACGCUCGACCCUCUUUGAUGUCUCCUUCUUGAUGCUCACUAGCAUUGUCCAAACCUAUGGCUCAGAUGUUGUGCUGCCAGAGCGUGGCGAUUCAUUCUUCGAAAAGUGGGUGCGCGAGUGCAUGAUGGAGCGCAACAAGCUGAAGAAUCCCCGUCAGAUACUUGCACUUUGCGACGAAAGCAUUGUCGACGAGCUGCUCUUGAGUUUGAGCAAACCAGAGGCUGCCCAAUUGAAGCCCCUAACCUGGCAGGAUAUCUGUUUAAAUCUGCCUGGGGUGCUGCAUCAUGUGCUGAUUGCCUGGGAGCAAGAGACGCUCUCUUCUGCCGAUGUCAAGAGCAUACUGGAUAACAUUAAGCGACGUCUAUUUAGCUACUCCGUUUGCGCCACAUCGUUCCUCUGCGCCUAUAUGUAUUCGGUGCGUGAAACAGAGCUGCUUAAGCCACUCAAUAUGAUACAACAGUUUCUGGCCCCGUUGACCAACGAGGAGCUUUCCAGUCAGGAGAAUGCCAAGGAACGUUUAGCGCUCUCAUAUCAGAUCAUACGCAAAAUGCAGCACGAUGUGCAUCCGGCUCCCAACACCAAAUCCCGUCUGAUCUCUCACACACCGCUUAUCGAGCAGUUUCGAGAGUGUUGGCGCACAGUUGCCGAGGCAGGACAUUUGCCAGUAAAGGCUGCACAGUCAUUGGAGUCUUUGUUGCUGGCUGGCGGGGCAUCUUGGCUGGUCACGCAGCUCGUAGAGCAGUUGAUUGGAUGCAAGUACAUGCGCGAUAUGGCCAAGUGCAUGGACAUUGUGUUUGCUGUGAUGCAUCUGGACAUUGAGCGUACCACAGAGGCCUUGCUGCAAUAUGUGGUGGCUCCCAUGAUACUACGCCGGCAGGAUGAGGACAUUAAUGAACCACAAUCGCUGGUGCUCGCUAGACUCUGUGUCUACUGCAUCAUCUCCUGCCUCGAGACUCGUAGCUCGGCAAGUGCCGCAGCAGCAGCUGCCUUUAAGAAGCGUUCGCGUUCCCAUGACGAGGAGGAGUUGGCCACCACGGCCAAUGCGGCGAAAGUACGCAAAGUGAUUGGCGACGGCAGCGACAAUUCCAAUGAUUUUGCCGAUGCCAACAGCAUUGCCGCUGCCGGCACAAAUGUGGCCGCUUUGCUCAGCAGUGCACCGAGUGCCGCCGAGUUGCGAGCUACGCCACUCACCCUAAAGGAGCCGUUGCAGUCAAGUGUUAAGCACAUUUUCCGCAUCUUUAUGCAGUUCGUCAGCGGCGACGAACUCUCACCCAAGGCCGUCUUUGUCUAUCAGUUUAUAUCGUUGCUGGUCGAGUGCGGCGGUGGAGAGCGUGUGGCGCCCGUGUUGCGUCUGCUACCCCCGCUGCUAAUGCAACAACUACUUAAGGUACUGGCUACCGAUGACAUUCGCGUUGGUCUCAUCAGCCGCCUCUACGAUUUGCGAUUGCAGGGCGGACGUCAAGCAGCAGUUGCGGAUUUGUGCUUGUGGCGUAACAUGCAGCUGGCGCGGCAUAGCAUUCACCUGUGAGGAGAGGGACGACGGAAAUUGGACAGAGCGGGUUGCAUUGAUACUACAGUACUAAAUUAACUUAUAUAUAUAUGUAUAUUAUAAAACAAGAAUAAAUUGUACAUUCUUGUUUCUAUGUUCGUAAUA